AAAAGGCCAAAAGGCCAAAACCCAAACAAAAUCCAAACCCGCCGAUCAGCUUAUCCCCUUCGCAGGAACUGCGAGCACAGGAGAGAGGAGACAGAGGCGAGGCGCGCCAUUUGGGGGGAGGAGAGGAAAUGGAGCUGACGCCCUCCUCCCGCUCCGUGCUCUCCUCCUGCAACCGGCUGGCCGCUCGAGCUCCGUGCAUGACGGCGCUCGCGGGUGCAAGGAGAAAGGAGAAGGGAGUAGUAUGUAUCUUGAGCGGCGAGGACAAAGACGUGGUACAUAGGAGGAUCCGGAGGCGAUCUGCAUUUUCUUUGCUGCUGGCUUCGCCGGUGCUGUCAGUGGCGUUCUCGGCCUAUGGGAAGAGUAAAACCAUGAACCCUUACGAUGAAAAGCGGCUGCUUCAGCAGAAUAAGAAGAUUCAGGAAGCCAACCGUGCCCCUGAUGAUUUCCCAAAUUUCAUCAGAGAAGGUUUCCAGGUCAAAGUAGUGACAACAGACAACUACAUUACACGGGACUCUGGACUAAUGUAUGAGGACAUUAAAGUUGGUACAGGUGACUCUCCAAAGGAUGGUCAGCAGAUUAUAUUCCAUUAUGUGGGCUACAAUGAAGCAGGACGAAGAAUAGAUAGCACCUAUAUUCAGGGUUCCCCUGCAAAAAUUCGGUUAGGGAAUGGAACUCUAGUUCCAGGUUUUGAAGAAGGCAUACGGGACAUGAAACCAGGUGGUAAGAGAAGAAUUAUAAUACCUCCAGAGCUUGGUCCUCCUGUUGGGCCUUCGACGUUCUUCAGUGCGAAGCAGUUCGAAGUGUUCGAUGUGGAGCUACUGGCGGUGCAGGAUUGCCAGCGGAGGACGAUAGCAUUUUAUUCUGAUGUUGUGUGCAGCUGAGCCUCGGAUCAUCUAGUCUCUCCCGUCUAAACCUAAAGCACAUCGCAGCAGCAUCCUGCACUUUUGGCUGCUGAGUGCUGACAGAAUUUUGCUGCUGGUCUGAGUUGCCGUGCAAUUGUAUUGUGUAUAUAUAGCCAUCUUUUGUUACUACGACGGUAAAGGUUACUGAUGAUUGGCAAUGGUAGUGUAUUAUCCUUGUUCGUUUGGCUGGCUGAUAAGCUUAAGCGAACAAGGCGGUUUUGUCUCGAAUCUCCUGAUGGCGGGAUAUGCGCAUUUGGUGUGUCUUUU